AUGGAUACCACCCUGAGUAUAACCAAUAACUCAAAAUUUCAAGUGUCUGAGUUCAUCCUGAUGGGCCUCUCAGGAAUUCACGAGUGGCAGCACUGGCUCUCCCUGCCCCUGGCUCUGCUCUACCUCCUAGCUCUUGGUGCCAAUCUCCUCAUCUUGAUCACCAUCCACCAUGAACCUAUCCUGCAUCAGCCCAUGUAUCAGUUCCUUAGUAUCCUGGCAGCAGUGGACAUUGGCCUGGCCACCACCAUCAUGCCCAAGAUCCUGGCUAUUUUCUGGUUUGAUGCCAAGGCCAUCAGCCUCUCUGCAUGCUUUGUUCAGAUCUGUGCCAUGAACUCUUUUAUGACCAUGGAGUCAGACAUCUUCCUUUGUAUAGCUGUAGAUAGAUACGUAGCCAUUUGUUAUCCCCUUCAAUACCCAUCCAUAGUGACUAAAGCUUUUGUGAUCAAAGCCACACUGUUCAUGGUGCUCAGGAAUGGCCUAUUGACCAUCCCAGUGCCUGUACUGGCUGCCCAGAGACACUACUGCUCCAGGAAUGAGAUUCAGCACUGCCUCUGCUCUAACGUGGGUGUCACCAGUCUGGCAUGUGAUGGCAUCACCAUUAACAGGUUUUACAACUUGACCUUUGCCUGGGUCAUAGGUGGAAGUGACAUGGGUCUGGUCUUUGUUUCCUAUGCUUUGAUUCUUCGCUCAGUACUGAGGCUAAACUCUAUUGAAGCAACAUCUAAGGCCCUGAGUACCUGUAGCUCCCACCUCAUCCUCAUCCUCUUUUUCUACACUGCUAUUAUUGUAGUAUCACUCACCAACCUGGCAGGAGGAAGGGCUCCCCUCAUUCCUCCUCUCCUCAAUGUGCUGCACAGUGUCAUUCCCCCAGCCCUUAACCCCACGGUAUAUACCCUUAGGAACCAGGAGCUCAAAGUGAGUUUCCAGAGGGUGCUUGGUUUGGGUGAGAAAGUGUCCAGGAAGUGA